UUCCUUCCGCCUUUUGGGACAACGGUUAAACCUUAGCAAAACCUCUGAGCUAAGAGCUUUGCUUGUUCUUCGGUCUUGUUGAUGGGGAAGAAGCAGAAGGUGAUUCUGCCGCCGGACCUCCCUCCGGAGCUCUCGGAGGACGAAAUUGAAGUUUCCGAUGAAGACCUGGAUUUCGUUCGGGAGAACCGCGACUAUGCUGGCUUGAUUUCAACCUUGGACACCCAGUCCAUUACCAAACAUGUGACUCGAGUUGCUGAUGCCAAAGAGGAUGACUUGGAGGCCCUUUAUGAGAAACGCAUGAGAAAAAAUGCUCUGAAGAAAGAAACAGAGGAAACUAGUCUUCAAGUUGAUCGUGUAGAUGCUCUUCCAGUGAAGACCUUGGAUGGAAAACUCUACUACCGAACGGUUUCAAAGGCAGAAAAUGGUUCAGCUGAAGUGGAAAUUGGAGGUGAUAAUGAUGAUGGUAAUGCGGAUAAAGGUUUAGUGAAGCUAAGUAAGGCUGAAAGGAGAGCUAAACUCAAGAAAAUAAAGAAAGACGCAAAGAAGCAAGGGAAAGAAGUGGCUAACGCAGAGGUGCAGCCAGCACCACAAGCAGCAGUACUGGCCGAGGUAAAACAAGAUCUUACUGCUGAGGAGGCAUUUGAAAAUAAGAAACUUAAGCUUGCAGAGCUUGGAAACGCCUUGCUCACAGACCCAGAAUCUAAUAUCAAGUUGCUGAAAGAGAUGGUUCAAAUCUCUAAAGAAAAUGAUCAGAGCAUUGUUAAACUUGGACUGCUAUCACUCUUGGCUGUUUUCAAAGACAUUAUUCCUGGUUAUCGUAUUAGACUGCCCACCGAAAAGGAAUUAGAAAUGAAGGUUUCAAAAACUGUCAGAAAGAUGCGUUAUUAUGAGUCCACUCUUCUUUCAGCAUACAAGGCAUACCUCCAAAGGCUGAUAGACCUAGAACACGAGCCCUUAUUCCAGCAUGUUGCAGUUCGUUGUAUUUGUGCGUUGCUUGAUGCAAAUCCCCAUUUCAACUUUCGUGAAAUCUUGUUGGCCACUGUUGUCAGAAACAUAAGUUCUACAAGUGAUGCUAUAAGAAAACUCUGUUGUUCUACAAUUAAGUCACUAUUUACAAAUGGGGGUAAACAUGGUGGUGAAGCUACUGUAGAGGCUGUUCGGUUGAUUGCUGAUCAAGUUAAAGCUAAUAAUUGCCAACUACAUCCUGAAUCCAUUGAGGUUUUCCUGUCUCUUUCAUUUGAUGAGGAUCUAAGGAAGUCUGAAAAGACAGAUAAUGAUCAUAAAGCGAGAAACAAGAAAAAUAAGAAAAGAAAAAAUGUGGAUGCACCAAAUCAGCUGCAACAGAACGAAAGAAAGAAAAGUAAGCAGGAAUUGAUAUCAAAGAUGAGAGAGGAGGUUGAAGCUGAUUACAAGGCUGCAUCUUUUACACCAGAUGUUAUGGAGCAGAGACAAAUGCAAUCUGAAACACUCUCUGCAGUGUUUGAGACAUAUUUUCGUGUUUUAAAGCACACAAUGGAGUCCACAGCUGUGAGACCCGAGGCAAAUUCCGGGACAUUAUCUGAUACAAUUGGAUCCCACUCAUUGCUUGCUCCAUGUCUAAAAGGACUGGGAAAAUUUUCGCAUCUGAUUGACCUUGAUUUCAUGAAUGAUCUUUUGAUCCAUCUGAAAAAGCUUGCUUCUAGUGGUAGCAACUCAGGCAACGGUUCUGAGAAGUCUCCUAAAUGUUUGACUGUAUCUGAGCGUCUCCAAUGCUGCAUUGUUGCUUUUAAAGUGAUGAGGAACAAUCUUGACGCCUUGAAUGUUGAUUUACAAGACUUCUUUGUCCAUCUUUACAAUCUUUUACUUGAAUACAGGCCAGGAAGAGAUCAAGGAGAGGUGUUAGCAGAAGCGUUGAAGAUAAUGUUGUGUGAAGAUAAGCAGCAUGACAUGCAAAAGACUGCUGCAUUUAUAAAACGUUUGGCUACAAUUUCAUUGUGUUUCGGAUCUCCAGAGUCCAUGGCUGCCUUAGUCACAGUGAAGCAUCUCCUUCAGAAGAACGUAAAGUGCAGAAAUCUGUUGGAAAAUGACACUGGAGGAGGCUCUAUUGCAGGCACGAUUCCGAAAUAUCAACCAAAUUCCACAGACCCCAGUUUAAGUGGCGCUCUCGCCUCAGUAUUGUGGGACCUCAAUCUUCUAUCCAAGCAUUAUCAUCCAGCUAUAUCCACAAUUGCCUCUGGCAUUUCAACCAUGAGUACCGCUCAUAACCAAGUUUUUCUCUCCAACAUUUCUCCUCAACAAGCUUUCAAGGACAUGUCCCUUGAACAAGAACAAGUUUCACCACAAACUGGCAGCGUAAAGCUAAAUAGCAAGAGGAAAAGAGCAAAUGGAGCCCCCCCAUCCCCUUCAAUUGGAUCUACAGCAGAUUCAAGUCCAUUUGAUGAGGAUGAGCUAAGGAAGAAACUUGCUUCUCAUUUUAUGCUUCUACACGACAUUAAGGAGAAUGAAAGGUUGAGAAGGGGGUUGGAGAAGACUACGCUGUCUCUUGAGCUUUAUAAACAGUACAAGAAACAAAAGAAGCAAGGAUCAAAGACUAAAAGCAAAGCUUAGUGGCGCAUCUUGAAUAUAUUCUCUGAGAAUUUUGUAACGUUUGUUCUCAUUCAUUGGCUCCAUAUUAUUAAUUUUCCAUAGGUCUUUUUUGGAAGUCACGGUUCCAAAGUUUUGUGUGGGAAUUUAUUGACCGGCCGGUGUAAUAUAGAUCAGUUCGCAUCAUUAGCUGAGGGAAAGGUACGCUUCUUUUGUGGGAAUCGGACGGCACAUUCCCUACCAUCAUUUAAUUGUUAACUAUUAUCAUUUUUAUUUUAUAUUGAAACUGCUUAUUUUGAA